CUCUGUUUGGUUUGGCACUGAAACAUUUGCUCUCGUGGAGAAGACGAACAAAUGGCAAUUCUCAGCAACGUCUCGUUUUCCUGCAGCAACAUCUCUCUAAAACCGUCUCUCUCUAAGUCUCUUUAUUCUCGUUCUCACUGUCGUCUCAUUCGCUGCUCACAGCAGGAAGGGAAAGGAGUGGUCAGUCCGUUGGUUUGGUCAUUAGGAGAAGAGGUUUCAAAGAGAAGUUUACUUGCACUUGUCUCUGCUUCUCUCUUCUUUGUUGAUCCUGCUCUUGCUUUUAAGGGUGGAGGUCCCUAUGGACAAGGAGUCACCAGGGGACAGGACUUAUCCGGCAAGGAUUUUAGUGGCCAGACUCUGAUCAGACAGGACUUCAAGACGUCAAUCCUAAGGCAAGCCAAUUUCAAGGGUGCUAAGUUGUUAGGUGCUAGCUUUUUUGAUGCAGACUUAACAGGUGCUGAUUUAUCCGAAACUGAUCUCCGAGGUGCAGAUUUCUCCUUGGCUAACGUAACAAAGGUGAAUUUAACUAACGCUAACUUGGAAGGAGCAACUGCUACCGGAAACACAUCAUUCAAGGGUUCAAACAUUACAGGCGCUGAUUUCACUGAUGUUCCUCUAAGAGAUGAUCAACGAGAAUACCUUUGCAAAAUCGCCGAUGGGGUUAAUGCCACCACUGGGAAUGCCACACGGGACACAUUGCUCUGCAACUGAACUUGUCAAGUGUAAACCUUUGUAUCGUUGGGGAGUCUUCUUCUUCCGAGUUUUUGUAAAAGUUUUUGCAGAGUGAGUGUGUAUAUAAAUAUGCUUACUAUUCUCAAGUCCGUUAGACAUUCAGAGAUCAUGUAUGCUACAGAACAAUAUAAAAAACCCCAAACAUGAUGGUUAAACAGAAAGAAAAAAAAACAGCUGUGUUUUCUCAUAAA